GCAGAACAAUAAACCAAGUAACUUGUCAAACAGUGUUAAGCACACAGCACAGGGAGUCAGUUAUUAACAUAAACCGAUUCUGUUAGGCAGUUAUCCAUCUACGAUUUCCUUUUAACAUGGCUCUGAAUCCGGUAGAUUAUAACGCGCAAAAGGAAAAAAUUAAAACGUUUUUCGCCGAAUUUCACAAAGUGGGAAAAAACGGUAAAGACUUCAAAUAUGCCACUCAGUUAACUAGAAUUGCUCACCGUGAGCAGGUUGAACUAGUGAUUGAUUUGGAAGAUGUUGCUGAGUUUGAUGAUGAAUUAGCAGAACAGAUAGUUGACAAUGGUAGACGAUACACUUUGCUGUUUGGGGAAGUUGUUCAAGAAAUGCUACCCAACUAUAAAGAGCAUGAUGUUGAAGCAAAGGAUGCCCUUGAUGUCUACAUUAAUCAUCGCCUGAUAGUUGAAAAUCAGCACCAAAAUGAUGAACCAAAUAGACUGCACAAGUAUCCUCCAGAAUUGAUGCGCAGAUUUGAGGUUUAUUUUAAAUCUCCUUCUUUGCAGAAGGCUAUACCCAUUAGAGAAGUAAAAGCUGUUCAUAUAGGUAAACUAGUGACAGUUCGUGGCAUAGUAACACGUUGCACUGAAGUGAAACCAAUGAUGCAGGUAGCAACAUAUACAUGUGACCAGUGUGGUGCUGAAACUUAUCAACCUAUUAAUUCAACAUCUUUUAUGCCGCUGUUGAUGUGUCCCACUGAUGAUUGCAAAGUGAAUAAGAGUGGUGGUCGCUUGUAUCUUCAAACUCGUGGCUCUAAAUUUGUCAAGUUUCAAGAACUGAAGAUACAGGAACAUAGUGAUCAAGUGCCGGUUGGCCACGUACCGCGGUGCUUGACCGUCUAUUGUCGGGGCGAAACAACGCGUUUGUCUCAACCUGGAGAUCAUGUCAGCAUUACAGGCAUUUUCCUUCCUAUGUUGCGAGCAGGUUUUCGUCAACAAAUGCAAGGACUUCUUUCCGAAGCUUAUGUCGAAGCACAUAGAGUAGUUAGGUUAAACAAAACCGAAGAUGACGAAAUGAGCAUGGAAACUCUGACAGAAGAAGAACUGCGUCAAAUCGGCGAAGAAGACUUUUACGAGAAGCUUGCUACAAGCAUCGCACCAGAGAUUUACGGACACGAAGACGUUAAGAAAGCGCUGUUGUUGUUGCUUGUUGGUGGAAUUGAUCGAAAACCUAAUGGCAUGAAAAUUCGUGGAACGAUCAAUAUUUGUCUAAUGGGAGAUCCUGGUGUUGCAAAGUCACAGCUACUGAAGUUCAUCGAUCGUCUAGCCCCAAGAAGUCAGUAUACCACAGGACGUGGAUCUUCUGGUGUCGGUUUGACUGCUGCCGUGCUGAAAGAUCCAGUUACGGGUGAAAUGACCCUAGAAGGAGGAGCGCUUGUGUUGGCUGAUCAGGGUGUCUGUUGCAUUGAUGAGUUUGACAAAAUGCCUGAGUCUGAUCGUACGGCUAUCCACGAAGUCAUGGAACAACAAACUAUUUCAAUAGCCAAAGCAGGAAUCAUGACUACACUUAAUGCCCGUGUUUCCAUACUAGCAGCUGCCAAUCCCGCUUAUGGUCGAUAUAACCCAAAAAAAUCUGUUGAACAUAAUAUUCAAUUACCAGCAGCCCUUCUUUCGCGUUUUGACGUUUUAUGGUUGAUUCAAGAUCGCUCAGACAGAGAGAAUGACUUAAGACUGGCACGACAUAUUACGUAUGUUCAUCAGCACUACUGUCAACCUCCUACACGCGUGCAGCCGCUUGAUAUGAAACUAAUGAGACGGUAUAUUGCUCUCUGUCGUCAAAAACAGCCUUCUGUCCCAGAACAUUUGACCGACUACAUCGUCAGCGCUUAUGUUGAAAUGCGUAAAGAAGCAAGAAAUAACAAAGACAUGACAUUCACCUCGGCCCGUAAUUUAUUGGGUAUUCUGCGUUUAUCAACAGCAUUGGCACGUCUUAGGUUGGCUGAGGAAGUGGAAAAAGAAGAUGUUAGAGAAGCAAUGCGUCUCAUGGAAAUGUCAAAGGAUUCUUUGAAUCAUCACGAUCAGCGCCCAAUAAGACCUGCAAGCGCCAAGGAUCAGAUUUAUGCUUUAGUUAGGGACUUAGCCGGCGACAACAAAGUUGUUAAAAUGUCGGCCGUAAUUGAACGUUGCACCACUAAAGGUUUCACUCCGGCUCAGGUGGACGAUUGCGUGGAAGAGUACGAGGAACUCAACGUUUGGCAGAUCAAUCAAACCAGAACAACUUUAACUUUUGUGUAAACGCUGUUGUCUUCGUAACAAGGCGUUUGGUAUGAAGUGCACAAUUCUGAGCUAUUCAUUUUUCCGUUCACCAAUGUAAUCGCACUACUUUUUUGAUAAUGUAAUUUAUCCAAUACACUUUUUAAUAGAAAUA